GAAGUCGGGCCAAUUAAAGCUGUCCACUCGGCUUCGACGAUCACGUAUUUAGAACUUUUCCGCCCUUCUGCCUUUCUUUGUGAUAAUGUCGGCUCAUGAUGAACAUAGACCAAGAGACAAUGGCCCCGAGGGCAUGGAGCCAGAUGGAGUCAUUGAGGGAAACUGGAAGGAGAUUGUCGAAAGCUUUGAUGACAUGAACCUGCGUGAGAAUCUUCUCAGGGGAAUAUAUGCCUAUGGUUUUGAGAAACCUUCUGCCAUUCAGCAGAGGGCUAUUCUCCCUUGUAUCAAGGGGUAUGAUGUCAUCGCUCAGGCUCAGUCCGGAACAGGGAAGACCGCCACCUUUGCCAUAUCCAUCCUGCAACAGAUUGAUAUUGAGUUGAAGGGCACUCAAGCCAUGGUCCUGGCCCCGACCAGAGAGCUUGCCCAACAGAUCCAGAAAGUGGUUCUUGCCCUUGGAGACUACAUGGGUGCUACCUGCCAUGCCUGCAUUGGUGGCACUAACGUCCGUAAUGAGGUGCAGAAGCUCCAGGCUGAUGUACCCCACAUAGUGGUUGGAACUCCUGGACGUGUUUUUGACAUGCUUAACCGGCGCUAUCUUUCUCCCAAAUACAUCAAGAUGUUUGCAUUGGAUGAAGCUGAUGAGAUGUUGAGCCGAGGUUUCAAGGACCAAAUCUAUGAGAUUUUCCAGAAGCUGUCUACUGAUAUUCAGGUGAUCCUGUUGUCAGCCACCAUGCCUCAGGAGGUGCUGGAAGUCACCACUAAGUUCAUGCGCGAGCCUGUAAGGAUCCUGGUCAAGAAAGAGGAGCUGACCCUGGAGGGUAUUCGUCAGUUCUACAUUAAUGUGGAGCGGGAGGAGUGGAAAUUGGACACUUUGUGUGACCUGUAUGAGACAUUGACCAUCACUCAAGCUGUUAUUUUCAUUAACACUCGCCGGAAGGUGGACUGGCUGACUGAGAAGAUGCAUGCUAGAGAUUUCACAGUCUCUGCUUUGCACGGUGACAUGGACCAGAAGGAGAGAGAUUUAAUCAUGAAGGAGUUCCGCUCUGGCUCUAGUCGUGUCCUCAUCACCACUGAUCUGCUGGCUCGAGGCAUUGAUGUGCAGCAGGUUUCCCUGGUGAUCAACUAUGAUUUGCCCACAAACAGGGAGAAUUACAUUCACAGGAUUGGGCGUGGUGGCCGUUUUGGCAGGAAAGGUGUCGCCAUAAACAUGGUGACUGAGGAUGACAAGCGCACUCUCCGGGACAUUGAGACCUUCUACAACACCACCGUGGAGGAGAUGCCGAUGAAUGUGGCUGACUUGAUCUGAAAACAUCUUUACUCCUUACUUCCCCCACUUCGUUUCUUUGUCUCCUGUUUGUCUGGACUUGUACAUGCUCCUUUCCCUUCUAAAUCCACCACCCUGCCCCAAUGAUUAUCACUGUUCACAGCAAGACAUUAUAAAAUCAGCAUCGUGGAUGUCUUUGAAAAGACUUUCUUGUGUUCCUUUUUAGCAUUUAAAGAUUGAUUUAAUUUGGUGUGAACCUUGUGCAGUGACCCUAUACCUAUGACCUGUUCCAUCCAUUUUAUUGUUCUGUAUAUUUAUCUAUUGACUAAAGAGCUGAGCACCAAA